UUCUUCUUCAGGUGUACGGGAUAUAUCGGCAAUACAUGACAUUUACGCUGGCAUUGAUGAAUGAUUGGAAAUCUAACUUAGAGGCCGUAUUUGAUUCAUCUUAAAACUAUUAUUGUGCACUGCUCCUCAAACCUCACGACAAACAGCAACCCGACCUGCAACAUGGCACCGACCGAGCAGGAAAUUCUCAGCAACUACCUGCUCGCCCCAGCCAGGCUCCCAUCAAUUAUCUCCCUGCAUGAAUUUGUCGCCCUGUUCCCACGUCAAAUGCAAUCGUCGCCGCAAAUUCGCACUCUUUACCGCGACCUGCAGAGUCAGCGAAAUGCCCUUGUUGACGCGAUAGCCGAGCAGGUCGAGGAAGAGGCCAAGCAUGGCAAGGCCAUGCGCCGCGCCGUCAUCAGAUCCAAACGAGAGGCAGAAGCCCAAGAGCACGACGACGAGGUAGAAAUCGAGCGAAUGCUGGGUAAUUGGUCGGAACGUCAAUCCCCAACGCACAGCCUUGGCACCAUCCUGCCCGACAUGGAGGGCGCCAUCAGCGAGCUAGAGGCCGAGCUGCAACUCCUUGAGAAGGAGGAAGCGUCCCUGUUGGCCUCGGUCCGGCAAACCGUCGGUGCCAUGAGCGACUUGCGCUAUGGCCGUAUGGCUAACAGCCAGCUGCCGGAGCAAGUCCUCGAUGGCUUAGCCAAUCUCGAAGCCAUUUGUAGAACAAGAAACUGAGCUAGAUUCGAAAAGCCCUUGUCGUCUGUGACUCGACGUACAGACAGAAGCAGUGUACGUACUAGAUACCGUGCCUUCCAGUCCGCCCGAUCACCAACCGAUCCAAAGAAAUC